AUGCCUGCAGCUGUCAUGGCGUCCAACAAGCGCAUUUUGGGCGAGACGUCCAGUGCUCGACGGAACAUUCCCGCUGCGCCGGUCGCCUCAAAAAAGCAGAAGACAGACCACUUCUCAUCCUCUCCUGCUCCUCGCUUCGCCAGCUCUCAGGCAACCAAGAUCGCCUCCACCCAGCCGAAGAGCACCUUUGAGGCUGAGGUUCUAGAGAAGCUCAGCCAAGACAUUUCAGAGCUCAAGCAAAACAACACAGAAAAGGACCAAUCAUGGGACCGACCGCCCAUCCCGCAGCACUUCGAUCACAGGAGCUCCAGCCUGUGUUUCCAACAGAUCGAUGCCGAGGAAGGAACACUCCAUGGUGGCAACCCCACUGUCAAACUAUUCGGUGUCACUGAGGAUGGUAACUCGGUAAUGCUGCAUGUCAGAGACUUCAAGCAUUAUCUCUUUGUUGCGGCGCCGGUUGGCUUUUCAGACAAGGACUGCAUACCGUUCCGGGCCUACCUGGAGACUCAGGUCGCCCAGCACCAGCCCGUCAUUCACUCUGUGCAGAUGCUCAUGCGAGAGAACAUCUACGGCUUCCAGAAUAACACGCAGAAUCCAUUCCUGAAAAUCACCGUAACAGAUCCCAAGUUCAUCAACAGGGUUCGAACAACUAUAACAUCAUGUAAUGCCAACUGGAAGGGCCUGUGGAAAUCUGGCGAUGGUCAGAUCCUCACCUUCGACAACAUCCAGUACCUCUUGAGGUUCAUGGUGGAUUGCAAGAUCUUCGGAAUGUCCUGGGUUGAAGUCCCAGCCAGCAAAUACCAGCUGAUUCCUGAGCGUGACCGGCAAUCAAACUGCCAGCUUGAGGCAGAAUGCAGUUACCUUGACUUAAUAGCGCAUAAGCCCACGGGCGAGUGGUCAAAAAUGGCUCCCCUGAGGAUCUUGUCCUUCGACAUUGAAUGUGCUGGACGCAAGGGCAUCUUCCCAGAAGCCAAUCACGACCCUGUCAUUCAGAUCGCAAACGUCGUAACCAAGUAUGGAGAGAAGAAGCCAUUCAUUCGCAACGUAUUCUGUCUGGACACUACCAGCUCUAUCGUUGCCACUCAGAUCCUCGAGUUUGGAAAGGAAGAAGACAUGUUGAUGUCAUGGCGGAAUUUCCUCGACAAAGUGGAUCCGGACAUCAUCACUGGCUACAACAUUGCGAACUUCGAUUUCCCUUAUCUUCUUGACCGCGCGAAACAUCUCAAGGUCAAGGGCUUCGAAUACUGGUCCCGAAUCCCAUCGGUGAAAUCAGUGGCAAAAGAGACCAACUUUUCAAGCAAACAGAUGGGCAACCGUGACACCAAAGCCACAAAUACGAAUGGUCGGCUCCAACUGGACUUGUUGCAGCUCAUCCAGCGUGACCACAACCUCAGAAGCUACACAUUGAACUCUGUGUCCUCACAUUUCCUCGGGGAGCAGAAGGAAGAUGUGCACCAUACCAUGAUCACCGAACUCUUCAACGGUACACCUGAGUCCCGAAGACGGUUAGCACUUUACUGCCUAAAGGAUGCGUACCUCCCGCAAAGGUUGAUGGACAAACUAUCUUGUCUUGAAAACUACACCGAGAUGGCGAGAGUCACAGGUGUGCCAUUCAAUUUUCUACUAUCACGUGGCCAGCAAGUCAAGUUCAUCAGCCAGCUUUUCCGCAAAGCCCUCGAGCAGAAGCUGGUGAUUCCGGACCUGAAAGGCGAAGGGAGCGAAGAUCAGUAUGAAGGCGCAACGGUCAUUGAGCCAACCCGUGGCUACUACGACGUCCCAAUAGCGACACUUGAUUUCGCUUCGCUUUAUCCCAGUAUUAUCCAGGCACACAAUCUGUGCUACACAACACUGGUCUCGAAGAAGGCAGUUGACGCAUUCAAUCUGAAGAAAGACGAAGACUACAUCGUCACACCCAACGGGGACCUGUUUGUGACGACGAAACAAAGAAAGGGACUUUUGGCGCAAAUUCUCGAGGAACUGCUGUCUGCAAGAAAACAAGCCAAGCGAGAAUUGAGUGCCGAGACAGACCCGUUCAAGAAGGCCGUGCUGAACGGUCGCCAGCUAGCCUUGAAAAUCAGCGCAAACUCUGUUUACGGUCUCACAGGUGCAAGUAACGGAAAGUUGCCAUGCUUGGAAAUUGCGAGUAGUACCACAAGUUUUGGUCGUCAGAUGAUCGAAAAGACCAAGAACGAAGUGGAGGCAAAGUACAAUAUCGCGAACGGUUAUUCUCAUGACGCGCAGGUCAUCUAUGGUGACACCGAUUCGGUGAUGGUCAAAUUCGGCACAACAGACCUUGCAGAAGCCAUGAAACUCGGUGAAGACGCGUCGCAAUACGUCUCGGCCAAAUUCGUCAAGCCGAUCAAACUAGAGUUCGAGAAGGUCUACUUCCCGUAUCUGCUGAUCAACAAAAAGCGAUAUGCCGGAUUAUACUGGACGAAGCCAGAGAAGUGGGACAAGAUGGACACCAAGGGUAUCGAAACCGUCAGACGUGACAACUGUCUCCUUGUUCAGACUGUCAUCGAGAAGGUACUCAGAAUGAUCCUGAUCGACCGGGAUGUCCCAGGAGCCCAAGAAUAUGUCAAGGACACGAUCGCAGACCUGCUGCAGAACAAGGUGGACAUGUCCAAGCUCGUCAUCACCAAAGCCCUUACCAAGGAUGACUACACCGCGAAGCAAGCGCAUGUCGAGCUAGCGCACCGGAUGAAAAAGCGCGACGCAGGCUCAGCACCUGGGCUGGGUGAUCGUGUCGCCUACGUGAUGGUCAAGGGGGCGGCCGGUUCGAAGAACUUUGAGAACUCGGAGGAUCCCAUCUACGUUCUCGAGCACAAUGUGCCCAUUGAUACGAAAUACUACCUGGACAACCAGCUGGCGAAGCCCCUGGGCCGGAUCUUCGAGCCCAUACUGGGCGAGACGAAAGCCAAGUCGCUGCUGGCUGGCGCGCACACGCGGUCGAUCGCGGUGGCAGCACCAACGAUCGGCGGGCUGAUGAAGUUUGCCAAGAAAACGCAGACUUGCAUGGGCUGCAAGAAGCCGCUGACGGGCAAGGAAGAAUCCCAGGGCGCAGUCUGCGCCGACGACGCGCCUCGUGUGGGCGAGCUGUACAAGAAGACGCUGGACAAGGUGUCGGACCUGGAGGUGCGUUUUGGACGGUUGUGGACGCAAUGCCAGCGCUGCCAGGGGAGCAUGCACUGCGAGGUCAUCUGCAGCAGCAAAGAUUGUCCGAUCUUCUACAUGCGCAUGAAGGCGAAAAAGGACUUGGAGGACGGGAACAAGGAGCUCCAGAGGUUUGACUUUGACCAGGCGGCGAUUUGGUAA